AUGUCACUCGAACAAAUACUUAACGAUAUAGGCCAGAACCUAUUUCUGCCCAGUGAGAUUCUUCGAUCUGGAAGCAAGCUUACAGUGAAAUAUAAAUACGUCGGUGAUGCGUAUAUGCAGUCAUGUGGAUGCAUUGUGUCAGAACAACUUGCCAAAGAAGUCGAAAACUUGUCUGAAGAUUGCCCAGUGUGCCACGCAACAGGUGUGCGAGGCAUUGGUCCUAUCCAACCACUACGGCAUCUUUAUGAUCAGCUACGAUUCUAUCAAAGUAAUACGCUAUCAAACGACGAUAUAAUAAUUGAGCAGAAUGCGACACCAAUGGGAGUUCAACGAACUCGACGUCCCUCGGACAAAUCUCAUUCAUUGCUCUCAUUGUUCCUUCAGGUUGCCACUAAAGUUGCCACUGAUGAUGAAUCGCUCGAAAAGAAGCCCUCGAGUUUCUCAAAGGAAAGUAGCGAUGCACAAGCUUCCUCCAGAAUAUCAAUGGAUGAACAAGCCCUGGUAGAUUCAAUGUCAUUAGACAAUAUAUCGAACUCAAAGACGUUACCAAUUCAGGACAAUAGUGGCUCUGUAAUGGAGCCUCCCCAAUUCCCUAUAUCAACAUCCACCCUUUCAUCAGAGUACAACGAAGAAAAGGAGUUUUAUUUUGCGAAAUGUUUCCCCAUGUACAGAAAACGUUCUCAAUUCAGUACACAUUCCAAAUUCUUGCGCACUAAAUCCAAACUUUUCAUUAAUAAUUCUAUUUCGCCGGACUGCACUAAGUUUGCACUUAUUACACCAAAUAAAUGGGAGGUCUUUUCUAUACCGUAUGCCAACUCCGGCUCCAAAUCAAAAGAACCAGCUUUAUUAUUUUGCGGUAACAGCGCUGGAGAAUACGGACCGAAUUUCGAAUCCCUUUCUAUGCCCACAAAUCUUAUGUCAUUAAAGCCUAUAUACAACGAAUCUUGGGACGCAUCAACAAUGAGGACUACAAGGAAAAAAACAAGAGAUAAUAGCGCAGAAACAGCACUCGCCCAAUGGGAGCAUAUAUAUUGCAAAUUAAGCAAUAGGCUCUUGGUAGUGGCAGGUACUCGAGGCAUUUUUAGAGUCUUUGAUUUAGAAAAAGGAGGUGAACCAAUUUACACCUAUUGCUCUUCAUUCCCAAUUCGUUCGGUGGACAUCAACCCGAUAACAUCUACGAUAUCAUGUGGUAUCACCGGUAGAGAUAGAACCACCGGUGCAGAACAAGCACUAUUGUUGCUUCAUAGGAUUGAAUUUGAUAAAACUAGCCAAAAUUGGCUGUUUCCACAACCAAUUACCAUUACUCUCCCUUAUCGUGACCCGAUACAUACGCUUCAGUUUUCCUCGGAUGGAAAAUAUUUAUCAUGCUCAACUGCUUUGGAAUCAAGGUUCCUUGUUAUAUCAUUGAGAAAAAUUAAUGAACCUAGACUUGUGAUGAAAUCUUUACGUCUAUUGGACACUUCUCUCGAAUCUGAAGGUAUAACUGACACCAAGCUAUUCCCAGGAAACCCUAAUUUAAUGUGUGUCACAUCUGUUGCCUUCAAUGCACCGCCAAUAGUCAUAAAUACUAAAAUUGAAUCAAUGAAUGGGGUACAAAGUGUUGCUCAGCCAACAAUGCUACUCCGUCUAAACGAAUUGGGAUCAAAAAUCCACAAAUGUGAAGUAUCUCCAAGAAAUGAUUCAAUUGCUUUCCUUGAUAGGAAUGGAACAGUAUAUAUGUUAUUUGCGCCUACGAUGAUGGAUAAUGAAAAAAGGCGAAUUCUCACCGUCGAUAUGGUUUCAAAUGCAUAUCGAAUGAGAGAAGCUGCCUCAAUGAGAUUCAGUAGCGAUGGUCACACACUAUACAUUUUGGAUAGAAAAGGAAUACUAUAUGUCGAGGAUUUCGCAUAUGCUUUACCUCAACACCCAGAAGUAACAAAAUGCAAGCAGAUAAACUAA